GAUGUCUGGUCACACAAUGGCAUCCGGAGUACAUUUGGAAAUAGUUGGUUUAAUGAAAGUGAACAAUUUCCACGUCGCUAAGAGCAUUGCGGAGGGACUGAAACAUACAUUUCCAGCCUCGUUUGUUGACGCCACCAUUCAGCCGCUGCUCGAGUGCGACUGGCGCGUGUAUCUGGCGAAGAGAAAGAAAGAGCUUAAAGGGGACAUGUGGCACUACAGCGGCGAGCUCGUGUGUUUCGUCAAUGGCCGGUUGCUCGGCGACGAGAAGGCGUUGUCCGCGUGGGCAGAGGCGCAGUGGAGGUUCGGCCUCUCGCGGCCACAGUCGCUCUACGCUGCGCUCGCGGAGGAGCACUACGCCCAGCACCUGCGCAGCACAGGGCAUGUGUUUGUGUAUAUGGAUAUUGAGAUUGGAGGGGAGGUAGCUGGCCGAGUCCUGUUUGAGCUCUUCUCAGACCUGUGUCCAAAAACAUGUAAAAACUUCAAAGCCCUGUGCACUGGUGAGGCAGGGGUGUCCCAGACUGGACUCACACUUAGCUACAAGGGCUCCGUGUUCCAUAGAGUGGUGCCUAAUGGCUGGGUACAGGGAGGAGACCCAACAGGGAAAGGCAAUGGUGGAGAAUCCAUUUAUGGUGCAACAUUUGAAGAUGAGAGCUUUGCUGUGUCGCACAAUAAGCGAGGUAUCCUGGGAAUGGCCAAUCACGGACCCCAUAGUAAUGGUUCCCAGUUCUACAUCACACUGCAGCCAUCCCUGUGGAUGGACAGACAUUAUGUGGCUUUUGGCCAAGCUGUUGAAGGCACUGAUGCCCUUGGGAAACUAGAAGAAGUGUCAACGUAUAACGAAAGACCAAGAGUGGACUGCAGGAUAACUGCGUGUGGGCUGUUUGAGCCUUGACUCACUGUCAUAUGCAAAUGAAUGAUCUUUUAAAUUCACCGCAGUGCAACUGAUUUCCUGGACUAAGUGUAUUAAAGUGACUUAAUGUGCGUAAAAACUAUUACAUCAGCUACCUGCAGAGGGCGUUGGUUUAAAAAAAAAUUGGUGAAUGCAAAAAAACCCCCAAAACAAACAAACAAACAAACAAACAAACAAAAACAAAAAACAGCUUCUGAAGUAAUGAUGUCUCAAUUAACAGAAGGCAGGGCAGGUUUAUUUAUAUAGCAAUUUCCAUAUACAGUAGCAAUUCAUAGUGCAUAUAUCAUCAUUUAAACAGCCCAUAAACUCAGCCUAUACUCAUACGGACUAAAUACUCAUGACUGACUAAAACAGAAGUGCGUUUUCUCCUCUAAAUAGUAUUUUGAAGCAUACUUAGAAAAUAAGGACAUUAGCUAAACACCUCUGUCAUCAUCCAAAUACAGUGUUUUAAAUGUACUAUAUAUACAAUUGUAUGGUCGUUCAUUUCUGCAAUACAUAAUUGUUUUUGUUAUUAAUUACCCUGUUUGUGCAGGCUACAUUAACUGUUAAAGCAGCCGAGUCAGGCCCGUGAGAGAGGGACGUAUAGUGUGACUAUUAUGGGGCUGGAAGCGGAGUCAGAUGACUGAACCCUGAUCAAGUGACGAGGUUCAGCCACCUGUGUUAAACCGUUGCACCACGACACGUCCCCGGGUCGCUACAGUAUUCUCUUAGGAGGACGGUAUACAGUACUACACCCUCCUCUGCUUUGGGUUCAUGUAAACCGGUCGAUAUAGACUACAGGGAAGCUCGAGAUUUAUUAUAUAAUACAUUUAUUUUGGAAUGACAAAUUAUAUGUUAAUUCUCUGUACUAGUAGGUC